CGCGCAAUCGUUUAGCCUACCAGACCACUCUGUCAGUCUGAAACUAACUCCACAAGCGUGCCCAUGCUAGUAAGUCCACAGUCCAACACGUGAACUUAUCGAUUGCACCGGCCGGUCUGUGUGUUGCAAAUAUUAUUGUUUUUCGGUUAUAUUAUCAGUCAUAUAUAACGCUCUCGACUGAGAAGAACUCUCAUUCAUACUUCGUUAACACUCGGUUAAUAGUGUGAUUGUGGUUUGCCAUUUAUAUUGGAUUAUUUUAAAUUAUUCACAUUUAUUUAUUGUGCUUAGAAGUUUGGAAAGAUGGCUCCAAAUAUAUCGGAGGACGUGAAUGGAGUGCUCUUUGAGAGCGACGCAGCUACUCCGGACCUGGCGCUGGCCAGACCACCAGUCCAAAAAGCUGACAACAAACCGAAGCAACUGGUGUGGAGAAAUAUCAUAUUGUUUGCAUAUCUUCACUUAGCAGCUCUGUAUGGUGGUUACCUGUUCCUCUUCUCUGCAAAAUGGCAAACGGACAUUUUUGCCUACAUCUUGUAUGUGAUAUCGGGACUGGGGAUCACGGCUGGAGCACAUCGUUUGUGGGCCCACAAAUCUUACAAAGCUAAAUGGCCACUAAAGGUUAUCCUGAUCAUUUUCAACACGGUAGCUUUCCAGGAUGCUGCUAUGGACUGGGCACGCGACCACCGCAUGCAUCACAAGUACUCGGAGACUGACGCUGAUCCUCACAACGCGACCCGUGGCUUCUUCUUCUCCCACAUCGGCUGGCUUCUCGUCAGGAAGCAUCCAGACCUCAAGGAAAAGGGCAAAGGUCUUGACAUGAGCGACUUGCUUGCUGAUCCUGUACUUAGAUUCCAGAAAAAGUACUAUCUACUGCUGAUGCCCCUAGCUUGCUUCGUUAUGCCCACGGUGAUUCCUGUAUAUCUGUGGGGUGAAACCUGGACCAACGCCUUCUUCGUGGCUGCCAUGUUCCGUUACGCAUUCAUUCUCAACGUGACUUGGCUCGUCAACUCCGCUGCUCAUAAGUGGGGAGACAAACCCUACGACAAAAGCAUUAAGCCCUCGGAGAACAUGUCGGUAGCGAUGUUCGCGCUCGGUGAAGGUUUCCACAACUACCACCACACCUUCCCCUGGGACUACAAAACUGCUGAAUUCGGUAACAACAAACUGAAUUUCACCACAGCCUUCAUUAAUUUCUUUGCUAAAAUCGGCUGGGCCUACGACAUGAAAACUGUAUCUGAGGACAUUGUCAAGAACAGGGUAAAGCGCACUGGAGACGGCUCACAUCAUCUGUGGGGCUGGGGUGACGAGAACCAACCCAAAGAAGAAAUUGAGGCUGCUAUUAGGAUUAACCCUAAGGAUGAUUAAUUGCAAUGAAUAGUUUCAAUGUGGAGAACCCACAAUAAAAUUUGAAAUAUUUAGUAGAUUACUAGAUAUUUAUAGAUUUAGAAUCUGUUUAUGAAAUAGAUAGACACAUUAGUAGUAGGUAUUUGUGACACAUACAUUAUUACCUAAAUAAACUGCGAACUGUAGAUGAAGCACAUUGCCAUUGCAUACUAAGUAGCUACUAACUUCCUUACGGCGUCUUCCUUAAGCGCUUCUAUGUUAGGAACAAAAUUCGAGGUUGUGACCUCGUUUGGCUCAGUUUGUUGUUCCACGCAAAUUAAUUGAUAUCGUGAUUUCAGCAGCUUAAAUUACACCCCUAUCUGUCUUCCUUUUCACUGUCAUUAUAAGAAGGUCACCUAAAUGUUUAUCAAUCUUAAGCACAUUCAUUUUCAAAUAGUAUGUAACUAUUUAAAAAUAUUUCAUUAUGCACUAGUAACAAGUGAAUAAAUGUCAGCAAGCUACUUUAUGUGAUACAAAUAAUUUGAUAAAGGCAACACAUCAGUAUUAUAAACCACAUAAUUAUGUUAAUUUAUUUUUUUAUAUAACUAGUCUUUUGCAUUUUUAAGAAGUACAAGCAUUAAGUUGAAAGUCCCAAUAAAAUAAUGUAACAAAUAGAAGAUGCUAACAAACUUUACGUAUGGAAGAAAUAAAUAUGUGGUAUAUAAGAUCAUAAAAUAUUUGCUUCAUGUUGUAAAAGCAGAUACAGAAGUUCAGGUAGUAAUAUUUAUAAAGAUUAAUGAAUGUACCUGAACACAUUGUUCUGUUAAUUGCGUAGCACUGCACGAAACUCAAAUGACUCGAAUUAUUAGAAAUUGUUAAAAACCCUUUUCGUGUAGAGCAAAUUUUAUAAAACAAGUUGUAGAAUGGAUCAGCUGGCCUGACUUCUAUGUCGCUCGUGCGCGAUUUUAAUGUGAUGAUGAAAGUUAUUUAUUAACUCGUAUAUACGUAUGUGCUGUUACAACGUGUAUUUGACUGAUGUGUAAGAGAAUUGUGAUAAUUAGAAGGGUAAACAGAUUUUAUCCUGUAUGUAAGCGGAAAGUGAACAAUUAGCGACGUGUGGUUGAAACUAUUAUUAUUAAUUUUAUUUCAUUUAUUUGCAAACAUUAAAUGUUGACUACAUUUCAUAACUUUUCACACAUGAAGCUUACUCGAAUACUUAAUUUGUUUUUGUUCUAAACAAAUGUUUGAUUAUAAAUUACAUUAACGUAGCACAAAAAUA